UAUUUCAACCCCGGACGUUUUGUAUGCUUAUUUUCGACUGUCACAGGUUCUUGUUUCUGUCGGAAUCAGUCCGUCUGCGGCCUUUCUGUUUCCGGUACUUGGAGGAGCGCAGUGGUGUGAUUUCAAAGGAGGGUUUUAUCUGUCAAAAUGCAGGACAUCAACGAAGACACAGAGUGGAAUGAUAUCCUGAGGAAGAAAGGCAUUAUUCCUCCUAAAGAGGAACCAAAAGAUGAUGAAGAGGAGGAGUUGGCCCUCCAACAGCAGUCUGUUGUUAAAACAUAUGAGGACAUGACACUGGAAGAGCUGGAGGAGAAUGAAGACGAGUUUGGUGAGGACGAUGAGGCUGCCAUUGAGAUGUACAGACAGAAGCGUCUUGCGGAGUGGAAGGCGAAUCAGAAGAAGAACGCAUUCGGGGAGCUGGUAGAGAUCUCGGGGCAGGACUACGUCAAGGAGGUCAACAAGGCUGGAGAUGGCAUCUGGGUGGUGCUGCACCUGUACAAACAGGGCAUCCCUCUGUGUUCCCUCAUCAACCAGCACCUGAGUGUAUUGGCCAGGAAGUUCCCUCAGACCAAGUUCCUCAAGUCCAUCUCCACCACCUGCAUCCCCAACUACCCGGACCGCAACCUGCCCACCAUCUUCGUCUAUUUCGAGGGGGAGAUGAAGGCCCAGUUUAUUGGGCCGCUGGUCUUUGGGGGCAUGAACAUCAAAGUUGAAGAGCUGGAGUGGAGGUUAGCAGAGAGUGGAGCGGUGAAGACAGACCUGGAGGAAAACCCCAAGAAGCAGAUCGAAGACAAGCUCAUGUCAUCGAUUAGAUGUUCGCUUCCUAUACGAAAGGACAGUGACUCUGAGGACGAGGACUAUUGAAAAAAAAAAAAAAAAAAAAAAAGCCUGUCACUCCUAACCAGAAGGGAGGACUCAGAGGACCUUAAAGCAUCUGAUGAGCAGGGACAGAGAAGGCACGGCAUCGCCUUUAUCAGCAUAUAUAUUUCAUGUUUUGACCAUGUCUGUGGUGCUCUUAUACAGGGCUCAGUCCUGCUCAAGGGCCCUUGGACAGGAGACCCAGCAGAAUAGCCCCCCCAGCCUCCUGUACAUGUCUGUGGGAAAGUGGGGAGAACAGCAAACAGUCACUCUUUUGUAAUUUGAAUAAACACCCAACUGAAUCUUUACAAAGACACAUUUCAACUUUUUUUAUUACGUUUCGUGAUAAAUAUGUCACAAAAUGUAUGUGUACAUUUAAAUCUGUUAAAUUAAAUGUGAGUUCGCCUCUUUGCCACAAUAAUCGGUGCCAGUUUGUUUCCUCAGUUCUCAUUUUUUUGGAGUCUGACAUUGUUGAGUAUGAAGGGCUCUCUAACGACAUUAUUUUGUUGGAAUUUGUGCACUCAUGUCUUGUGCAACAGUGCAAGUGCCAAAUUUGUGGUUGGGAGCAAUUCACAUCGACUCGAUUGCGAUUGUUUUUUGGAAGCAGGAAGACACAUGGCAGCCACGGCGGUGCAGUUCGAUUUUUUUUCCAUCUGUACAAUAAUUUAUUUUGUGUCUGUCUAGAGAGACAUGUCAGAGAUGCUGUGCGUCGCUCCACCAGUCAGCUGCCUGCUGCUUCUCUUUUGUCGAGCCUGAUUUCCUUUUCUGUUCUCGUACAUCUUUCUUCUACAGCAUCCCCUCCGGCAGACCUCGAAUCUUCUGUUUCAUUAGGA